AUGGAUGUCUCCAAAGUGUCCCUCCCAAAUGUGCGGUUCGAGUAUGAGACUACCCUCGCAACGGAGCCCCUCAGUGUGUUUUACUCGAUGCGAACAAUGGAGGGCAUCGACAUGCUGGAGGCCUACUACAGGGACGACUUAAAUGAGGCCGUGCGAAAGUUGAAGCUAUCUGAGGCCGUGAAAAAUAGACUCACGGUGUGCUCAAACGAACAGAAGCUGCGGAUUGCUAUCCUCAUGAUCAUAUUGAGCUUCGUCCGAGGGGAAACCAAUGACCCCAACCGGGCAGUCGGUACGAUCAGGGCCCAGAAUUUCCUGGGCAACUUCUUGUCGUCUGCGUCCCUGCCCGAUGGCUCCAGCGCCGACCUGACAUUAGCUGCACCUGCCGGCAAGCAGGUCGUCGUUGCCAGCGACUUGGUCGUCGAGCGCAAUCUGAUCACAGGAGGUCUCAUAAAUCCCACGGCUUCCUCGUGGCUGGCUGCGGAUUUCAUUCAGAGCGAGUAUUCCACGGACCUCGUAAUUCGUGCGGGUGCGGCUGGGAAGAUUGUGCUAAACGGUGACAUCGAGAUUACGGGAUCUCUUUCGUAUGCUGAUUCCUCCGUCAACUACAACAAUACGCUGAUCUUGAAUGAUGGCGCCGCAGUCACACUCGGGCCUUCCCUACCCCCAUAUAGUGACAGUUAUUCGAAUGUCACAAUGGAUGGUGGGGGUCUUUUAUUGAGGGGGGCGGAAUACCCAAACGACCCUAAAGCUCUGAGCGUGUGCUGGAACAUCUCGACGGCCUCUAGCCCAGUACCGUACUGGGAGGUGCAAGGGGGGGACCUUGUGGUCUCACGGGUGGUUAGCUCUGUCAAGCGAGCGUUCCGCUUUGCCAUUGACGAGGUUGGCAACCUGAUCAUUGAAAAAGUGUUUCCUGACACGACGACAGAGCCCGUGAUGCUGCUCGUGUCUGCCGAGGACUGA